AUGCCUUCGAGUGAUAGUGAAGACUUUGAAAGUGCUGACGAGGGCCGUAAUAGUCCUAAUAAAAAAGAAAGGAAAAAGCGUCUAUCUUCUUCAAACUAUAGUGAUAACUUAGAAUCUGAACAGGAGACCAAAAAAGUUUCAUCUACAUUGCCAGCACCCAAGAAGCAGAAUGACAUUGUAGAUGGAUGGGACGAUUUUGAUAUUGAAGAGGAAUCGAUACCAACCAGCUCGAAUGAAAGUACUAAAAAAGUAAAUGACAACUCGACAAAUGAAAAAAAGCAGGAAACUGCAUCUAAAUUAAAUGAGCCUCAAAGCACAGGAUGGGAUGAUUUCGAUGACUGGGGAGAUGAGAAUACCACAAUUACAUCAGCAGCUAAGGACCCUCCAAUAUCUCAACAAACAAAAGAAACAAGUCAGACAACAUCAACUAAAACAGAAGGCUGGGGAUGGGGUUGGGGCAUGGAUUCCUUGCUUAGUUCUGCAACAGCCGGAAUAAGUACAUUGACUACACAAGUGUCACAGGAUUUAUCGAAAAGUGCAUUAAUCUCAGUUCUCGGACACCUACAGCCAGUUUUCGACCGCCUUUUCCGUCGGUUCUCGACCAUAGAAUUGCCACAGAAAAAAGGAACU